AUGACCGGCAAGAAGCUCAAACUUUUUGAUGACGAAGAUGGACCGAGCACAAGCGGCUUAAAAAUCAACAAUCAAUAUGCCGAACGCUACGACAAUUGGAGGCGGCUGGAAGAAAUGCAGAAAAUGAAAGACAAAUAUGGUGACGAUGUUGCUGAGCAAGAUGAUGAAAGUUCUAGUGAAUCUGAACCGGAAUGGACAGCUGAUGACGAGAAGAACUUUCUCCACAUUCUCGGUGCCUUGAAAACAAACAACUCAUCGAUUUAUGACGACAAGAAGCUGUAUUUCAAGGAAAAGGAUGCUCAAUCCGAGGUUUUAAAAAAGAAAACUGGGAAGAAAACAAAGGAUAAACCUCUCUACCUGCGAGAUUAUGAGCGCAAAAUCGUGACGGAAAAAGAAGGAAAGUUUGAAGAAGACGAUGAAGAAGAAGAACCCAAGAUAGAAGACGAAGGCUAUUAUGAAGUUCAAGACCGUCUAAAAAAAGAAAUUAAACAAGCCAUCAAUAAAACCUUUGAUGACGGCCAGGAGAAUGAUUUGUUGACUAGAAGAAAAAAGAGCAAUACUGAAAAGGAAGAAGAAAAUGAUAAUUAUUAUACCUGGCUGAAAAGCCAAGACAAUAAGCCAACAAAUUACUCCGAAGAAUUGCGUCCAUUAAAAGAGGCAUGGUCCGAUAAAAACUUGGAUGACGACGAGCGCUUUUUGAGAGAUUUCUUUAUUAACAAAGAAUAUGAAUUGGGUGAUGACGAUGGUGUUCCAACCUAUGACCAAAUUUGUGAAGUCGAACAAGAUGAGAAAGAAGUUGAUCAACAAGAGGAGUUUGAGACAAAGUACAAUCUACGCUAUGAAGAACCUGACCAAGAUUUUAUCAGACAAUAUCCUCGAACAGUUGCCGAAACGUUGAGAAAAAAAGACUCGAAACGAAAAGACCAACGUGAGGCUCACCGGGAACGAAAGAAAAAAGAAAAGGAAGAAAAGAUGCAAGAAAUUCAACAGAUGAAGAACAUGAAAAAGACCGAAAUCAAUAAAAAAUUGGCAAAACUUCGAAAGUUGGCUGGUGACGAUAUUGCUUUGAAUAUCGAUGAUCUCGAAGGAGAUUUUGACCCUGCAGAGUAUGAUCGCCGGAUGCAGGAAGUUUUCGAUAAACAAUAUUAUGGCAAAGGGGAAGCAAACGCUGACGACGACUUAGAAAAGCCAGUCUUUUCUGAUCUCUCGGAAGACGAAUUUGAUGGGGAUGAGAGUGACGAUCCAGACAAUGUUGAGCUUGGUACUUUGAAAAACAAAGCAUUGGAUGCUGAAACUGAAGACACCAACGAAGAAUCACAAUUUCGUGGCCGACUCGAUAAGUCACGAAGACGGAAAAAGCGUAACUCUCGCUUUGCUGAAGUCAUCUCUCGAGAAAAGCCACUUUGGGAUCCUAAAGAAAAAACUUUUGAGGAAUACUUUGAUGAGUACUAUGCUCUAGAUUACGAGGAUAUACUUGGUGAUCAACGAACAAAGUUCAAAUAUCGGCAAGUGGUUCCCAAUAGCUUUGGCUUGGAAUAUGGCGAAAUUCUGGAUGCUGAAGAUCGACAGUUAAAUUCUUGGGCUAGUUUAAAAAAGGCUACAGCGUACAGAACGGAGGCCGAAGAGCUUUUUGAUGUAAAAGCUUAUCAGCGUAAAGGACUUGACACCCAGAAAAAAGAACGCAUUUUCACAACGGAUUUUGGUGGAAAGAAAUCUCGCAAGCUCCAAAAAAAAGAAGAAGAUGAUGUUCAAAAGCCGGAAAAAGAGGACCUUGUUGAGGCAAAGGUCAGCAUCGAGCCUAAGCCACAAGAGUCAUUGGUGGAAUUAUCGAAAAAGAAAAAGAAAGUAGCUGCUUUACCUGACCAGAGUGAAGCCAAAGUGAAAAAUCAAAGGAGCAGAAAGCGAAAGGCUAAAGGUGGAGCUCCUCAAAAAGCCUUAGACAUUGAUGAUCAACGGCUAAAAGCGUACGGAAUCAAUCCAAAACGAUUCAAGAACAAAUUGAAAUACAAACAGGAUGCU